AUGACUCGAGACCGGUUUAGUGUUCACACGCUCGGUGAUGCUUCCACCCAUCAAAAAAGGAACAAGAGGAAGAUGGAGGACCUGGAUGCCAUGUUCAGUCACCUGCUCGUAGAGAUGAAUCAUCUCUCUGAGAGUCUAACGCCCGCGGCCGACGGAUCGGGGGGGGACGCUGAUGCGCAGGAGAGCCCCAUGUCCAUCGGUUUCACCGACCUGAGGGUUGCCCGGAAGCCACGGCCACGAUGUCUCCUCUUGCUAGAAUCUCUAAAUGAACUGGAGGACCACGACCUGGAUGCUUUGGUGGCCGACCUGAGGUCAGGAUCGCCCGUCCAAGAGUCACCCACAGCUGACCGUGGCCCUCCGCCUCCGGUGGCACAGGAAAUCAAACCGGCAGUCACCCUUGCUGCGCCCCCCGCUGAAUCAUCCAAGCCGAUUAAAACCAAUGAAGCCCAAACAAAGGCGGAGAAAAUCAAACUGGCUCUGGAAAAGCUGAAAGAAGCCAAACUCAGGAAGUUGAUAAUAAAGGUGCUGAUGAGUGACGACAGCUCCAAAACUCUGAUGGUGGACGAGAGGCAGACGGUGCGAGACGUUCUGGACAACCUGUUUGAGAAGACGCACUGUGAGCGCGGCGUGGACUGGAGCCUGUGCGAGACCAACCCCGAGCUGCUGACCGAAAGAGGCUUUGAGGAUCAUGAACAUCUAGUGGAGCGCCUGUCUGCCUGGACUCGCAACAGCCAGAACAAAAUCUAUUUUGUGACGAGGCCCCAGAAGUACGUAAUGUUCACAGACCCUCAGCUAUUUUACAUGUGGAAAAAGAAGAAAUCUAAAUUGAGCGGGAUGAACAGCAAGGCCAAAGAGGCCCUGAUUAAGGAAUCAUUUGGGGGUUCGACUGUGAUGGUCCCUGACCUGGAGGGCAUGUUGUACCUAAAAGAGGAUGGGAAGAAGGUUUGGAAAGCUCGCUACUUUGUGCUCAGGGCUUCGGGCAUCUAUUACGUACCCAAAGGAAAGACAAAGUCCUCCACUGACCUGGCCCGUUUGGUUCACUUUGAAAAAGUCAACGUCUACACCACGAGCGGCUACCGGCAGAAAUACCGGGCUCCCACCGACUUCUGCUUCAUCUUAAAGCAUCCCUGCAUCCAGAUGGAGUCACCCUACAUCCGCUUCCUGUGCUGCGACGACGAGCACACCCUGUUGCUGUGGGUCAACGCCAUCAGGAUAGCCAAGUAUGGCACUGUGCUGUAUGAGAAUUACCGAGCUGCAACGAGGAGAGCGCCCGCUCAGCAAGCCCUUCAGCCUGCUGCUGCACACAGAGACAUUACAAACGAUCAGACCUAUUCGUCUUCACCCAAAUCCACAAGUGUUGAGGACUACCCGUACGAGCCGCCGCCGGACUUCAUCCCUCCUCCUCCUCCUCCUCUUUCGGCCGGGGCAGAGAGUGUUUGAGGCAUCAAGUCCCGGAGCGGCUUUUGA